UUUUUUAGAAGAAGAAUAGGUGGGUGGUGGGGUGUUAUGUGGCUCAGUUUUGAAGGCGUGUUGUGUGCAAGUGAACGCAAGGAUGUUCAGCCGGAAACCAGAGCUAAAUAGUGGCAAGCUGAGAUGUGGGUAGAACUGUUCUCACCUCUCUGGGAAGUGACAGGAAGCCCGUUUUCUUGUUACAACUUCUUCGCCUCAGCACACAAGGAUCAGUGUUACUUUCCAGAUGGGACCAUGGUUAUGUUGAAGAUCUCUGCUUUCCUCGUUGCCUACGCCCUGGUCAUUUGCCAGAUGUACUGCUCACAAGCAGCCCCCGCCAGACCGGGUUUAGAGUCUAUGUCAGACCGAGUCACGCUCACGGACUACGAGGCGCGAAGGUUACUCAACGCCAUCGUCAAGGAGUUUGUGCAGAUGACGGCGGAGGAACUGGAGCAGCAGGCAACUGAAGGAAACAGCAGCGUUACAGCACAGAAGCGAGCCUGCAACACGGCAACCUGCGUGACUCACCGCCUUGCGGAUUUCCUCAGCCGGUCGGGGGGAAUGGGCAACAGCAACUUUGUCCCUACCAAUGUUGGCGCCAAGGCCUUUGGCAGGCGGAGGAGAAGUGUGGAGAAGAUGUGAGCACUCCAAAACCUUCAGGAAAACAAGGUUGAAUCCCGACAAGAUAUCAUCAGAAAAUACCUGAGAACAAAAAUCAACAAAAACAAAAUCAAGCAGAAAAUAAACACUCAACUGGCCCUUUAUUCACUCCCACACAUUCGUACGGGGAAAAAAAGACGCCACAGGACUUCUCGUCCCCAUUUUACAUCCUUUUAGUGAAACCUUUUGCUUUUGGCAAAUACGAGAAAAAAAGAGAAAAAAAGCACUUUUAGUUUAUGUACAUGAACAAAUGAACUUCUCAAGAAAGAAAAAAACAUCCUAAUUGUCCCUCUUUUUUAUACAUGACUAUCAUUGGAAAAUAAAAUGAAAGCAGCAGUGGUUAUCACCUUAUUAUUUCCUCCUUUCACCUUGUUAGAGCACAUGUGUUCCAUGCGACCCAUCUCCCCCUCCCCAUUUGAGAUCCAUAUGAGAUACAUUUUCCAUAAUUCCCUUUCCUCCUAAGGGUACCCUGUUUUUGUGUGCCAGAGGGACGCCAUUAAAGAUCAGCCUACCCAAGGCCCCCCCACAACGGCUGUUGUCUUGUGCCUUGAUGUAGAACAAUUUACAUGAACAUGAUUGUACAGUUCUGUUUCGAGACGAUAAAGAAGACCUGAGCGAGGAUGAAGAGAAUGAAGACAGAUUAAUAUUGUAAACAAUAUUGUGAAAACAAAUUUCAGCAAGAUUAAAAUGUAUUUUAGAUACACUCGGGUUUGGGGUACUUGUGUUGUUCUUCAAAGGUUUUUAAGCAUUUAGGUGUAGAAAGAGCUUGAACUCUUGAAAGGGUUGGUUAUUUUACGAAAAAGCUUAAAUUUGUUUAUUUAUUGCUGGAAUUUUGAUUAACAAUGUCCAUAAAUCAUAAAUGGUAAACAGUAUGGCAUCGGUCAACCUCAUGUGAAUAGAGUGAUUUGUAAUUCAUUGGUUAGAAUUUUGACACUACUUCCCACUGACAGAUAAACACUCACAUCCUGAAAACUUGUCAAACAAAUCUGUUAUUUGGCAAAAUAUUGAAAAUCAAUCAACUCUACUGCUGCACAGUAUGGGUCACUUUGUAUGCAGCGACCGUCUGCAGGUUUUUUCUGACUGACACCACAGCAGCAUGGAUAUGUUAAGUUACAUGAUGAUAUAAGAAAAAAACUGCAUGGGUAAUUGCUUAAUAAAAGGCAGCCAAACCUGCA